AUGCGGUUGACACCAGAGUUUGUUUCAAAAUCACAAUCAUAUCUAAACCCUCUCAAAGAGCGUGAAUUGGAGCUCCGAGGACUAGCAAUACCCGUCAUUGAAAAUCUCGCAUCACAUCAGGGAACAUACGAUGUUCUCAACCUUACAGAUAAUUCAAUAACCGUUUUGGGGAACAUACCUCUUUCACCAAGAUUAGAAGUCAUACAUAUCGCUCAAAAUCAAAUCUCAUCAAUAUCACCAUCCUUACCUCCUAAUAUACCUAAUCUGACAACAUUAAUCCUCACAUCUAACUCCAUCUCUUCCCUCUCCUCCUUACUCCCCUUAUCCACCCUGACAUCUCUCCGACAUCUCUCCUUACUUCAAAAUCCCAUCACCCAAGUAGACCAUUACAGACCAUUCAUAAUCCACACCAUCGCCUCGGGAAACUUACGAACUCUUGAUUUCACCCGAAUAAAAGAUUCCGAACGAUCCAAUGCCAAACAACUAUUCACCGAACCUGAUUCCGGUUUACCUAACGCAUUAUGGAGAAAAUUAUCAGCUCCACCAAUGGGAAAACAAACGGUUUUUACAAAUCUACCACCUAGUGGUCCUAGAGCUGAAGGAGGAAGAAAAGGUGGGAAAGGUAGAUUGAUGACUCCUGAUGAGAAAAAGAGGGUGGUGGAAGCUUUGACCAGAGCGAAAACGGCUGAAGAAGUAAGAAGAUUGGAGAGAAUGUUAGCGGAAGGUUUGAUACCUGAUGGAGAGAGUGUUAAUGGGACUUGA